AUGAAAAAAGUAGUCCAAAAAAUUUAGCAUUUAAAGAACAUAUCAUAAGUCAUUGCACAGGGGGAUCAUUCUGUUACAGUAAUGAAUAUGCUAAAGGCUUUUGAAAAAUAAACAAAAGAAGAUUUAAGUUAUUUGGAGAAGUAUUUGUUAAAGAUAUUCCCCCUUUUUCAUUUGAUAAAGAACUAACAAAAACAAUAAUCAAAAUUUUAUGAACUAAUAUCUCAUCUUUAAAUUGAAUACUUUUAAAAUAAUUAGGUUAUUUUUUAUAAAGGAGAUAUUGGGAGAAAAAUGUAUUUUGUUUUGUCUGGUCGCCUUUUGAGCUUUCCUUAUGAUUUUAGAGAUAUAAGUAUUUAAAUUUUUGAUAAGAGAUAACCAUACUGCAAAUAAAGAAUUGAAUGUAGGAGAUCAUUUUGGAGAAAUAAGUCUUCAACAUAGAAUACCAAGAACUCUAACUGUCGUAUGCAAAAGCGAAGUAAUAUUAAUUAGUGCAAAUUAUGAGACUUACUCUAAUUAUAUUUAGACCACAGUUGACAAAAUAUUAACUGAUUAAUACAAAUUUAUUAGAAAUUUAAGUAUCUUUAGAGAUUGGAGUGAAUUUACACUAUAAUUAAUAUUGCAUCACUUAAACGAAGAAAAGUUCUAAAGAAAUUAAUAUGUUUUCAGGGAAGGAAAUAAAGACUAAAAUUUAUAUAUAAUUAAGUCUGGAGAGAUCAUUUUAUAAAAAUAAUAUACAAUCAAUUAAAAAAAGAGUGAAAAUGGAUUGAUUUGUUUAAGUCAUUGUCAAUGUUUUGGAGAUUUUGAAUUUAUUGAUAACUAAAAUUGGCUAAAUGACAGAAGUUUGUUAAAAUAAAUAAGUAGAUAAAUGGAUGCAAAAUCAACAACUGAAACCUUUAUUCUUUAUUUACCAUUUAUUACAUAUAUAAGAAUAUAAGAAGAAUAUCAUUCAGCUACUCUACUUUAAUUUUUAUCCAACUCAAAGUAGGUUGUGAUUUAGAGAAUGAAAAUAUUAUAACAGUAAAUUAUAAAUAAGAAAAUAAAAUUAGAUGAAGAAACUGAAAGAAAGGAUGAACUUUCUGAAUUAAGAAUUUUUAAAGAUUAGAAAUCUGAAGAAAAGUAACCUUAAAUAAUAAAUGAUACAUCUAAGAUUCGACAUUCUAACAAUCCUUAUAUAUCUUUAAUGGGAGCUAUUAAAAACAAUAAAAACAAGGAACAUUAAAAAUAGCCAUCUUAGAAGAUAGAUUAAAUUGCCAAUCAAUUUUCUCAAAAAUCUGUUUUAAUGAAGUUUGAUAAAGGCCAUAAAAUAUUAUUGUUAAAAAAGCUCCGUGAUGCUUCAAUAUUGCCUGAUGCUAAAGAUAAUUUUAUUUAUUAAUAAUAAUCUGUAAGAAGUAGUUAUUCAAGAUUAAGGAUGAAUAAAAAAUAUUAAUAAAAUAUUUAAUAGGACAGUAUUACUAUAAUCAAACCUUAUAUUAACUCUCGUUCUCACACUCCUGAUACUUCAAUGGUAUUACCAAAUGAAGAUAAAAUAUAACACGAAUUAAAUAAAUGUUAGAGAGCUUUUACAUUGAAAAUAAAUGAUUUUCAUAAUUUCAAAGUAUCAUUAAAUUCGGCUGGAUAUUCACGAUCAAUAUCUUAAAUGAAUAUUAGUCGAAGUAGCAUAAAUCGUAAAUCACCAAGUAAAUAUAAAUUUGAAAUUGAAUACGAGAAAAACUUAUAAUAAACUCCAUAAAAAUAACCAAAAAUAGAACUUGAUUUAUGUGUUUAUGGAAAACAAUGA